CUCAGCUGGCAAUAGAGACAGAACCAGGGGACUGGUGCUUCUGUGGACUUGGCCAUUUGCACAGCACAAGCAGUGAUGGAUAACUCCUCCGUCUGUUCCCCAAAUGCAACUUUCUGCGAAGGUGAUUCCUGCCUAGUAACUGAGAGCAACUUCAAUGCCAUUCUCAGCACAGUGAUGAGCACCGUGCUCACCAUUCUCCUAGCCAUGGUGAUGUUUUCUAUGGGGUGCAAUGUGGAAAUCAACAAGUUCCUAGGACACAUAAAGCGGCCAUGGGGCAUCUUCGUGGGCUUCCUCUGUCAGUUUGGAAUCAUGCCUCUCACAGGAUUUAUCCUGUCUGUGGCCUCUGGCAUCCUUCCUGUGCAGGCUGUGGUGGUGCUAAUUAUGGGUUGCUGCCCUGGAGGAACUGGCUCCAAUAUCCUGGCCUAUUGGAUAGAUGGUGACAUGGACCUCAGUGUUAGCAUGACCACUUGCUCCACACUGCUUGCUCUUGGAAUGAUGCCCCUUUGCCUCUUCAUCUAUACCAAGAUGUGGGUUGACUCAGGAACGAUUGUGAUCCCCUAUGAUAGCAUUGGCAUUUCUCUGGUUGCGCUUGUUAUUCCUGUUUCCAUUGGAAUGUUUGUAAAUCACAAAUGGCCCCAAAAAGCGAAGAUUAUACUUAAAAUUGGAUCCAUCGCAGGUGCAAUUCUCAUUGUGCUCAUAGCUGUGGUUGGAGGAGUACUGUACCAAAGUGCCUGGAUCAUUGAACCCAAACUAUGGAUUAUAGGAACAAUAUUUCCUAUAGCUGGCUACAGCCUUGGUUUCUUCCUGGCUAGACUAGCUGGUCAACCCUGGUACAGGUGCCGAACAGUUGCCUUGGAAACUGGAAUGCAGAACACUCAACUGUGUUCCACCAUUGUACAACUCUCCUUUUCCCCUGAGGAUCUCAACCUUGUGUUCACCUUCCCACUCAUCUAUACUGUUUUCCAGCUCGUCUUUGCAGCAAUAAUAUUAGGAAUGUAUGUCACAUACAAGAAAUGUUAUGGAAAAAAUGAUGCUGAGUUUCUAGAGAAAACAGACAAUGAUGUGGACCCCAUGCCAUCAUUCCAGGAGACAAACAAGGGAUUUCAACCAGAUGAGAAAUAGACACUAAGGAGGCAAAAGAAGAAAGCUUCUGGAACACCAUUCAUUAAACUAAAACUAAAAUUAUUUCUUUUGGUUGAAUAAGCAGCAGAAAAACAAAUUUAAAAGUUAAAUUCAAAUUUAAAUUAUUGGGGUUUUUUGUAUAAAGGGACUAGUGAUCCAUUCUUUUGUGUGACAAAGGUGUGUGUGUGUGUGUGUGUGUGUGUGUGUGUGUGUGUGUACAGGAGUCAUUUUUCUGUAUCCAUGGUCAGAUUGGUCACAAGAUAUUCCUUGAUUCCAAAUUCACAGAAGCUUAAGCCUCUUUUAUAAAAAGGCAAAGUGUUGGUAUUAAUCUCCUAUAUACUUCAAAUCAAUAUUAUCUUACUAAAAUAUUUAACAUGAUGUAAAUGUUGUGUAAAUAGUUGUUUCACUGUAUUGUUUAGAAAAUGAUUGUUUUAUGUUUAGUACAGAUAUCAUUUUUCAGAUAUUUUGGCCAUAGUUAAAAUCAUAGAUGUCAAACAUCUUUGGGAGGCCAAAGGCAUGUACAUAGAAUGUAUAGAUAGAUAGAUAGAUAGAUAGAUAGAUAGAUAGAUAGAUAGAU